AUGGUGCAUUGGAAAGAAAUCGUUCGGGAGAAGCGCCGUAGCCAAGCAGAAUCCAUCCCUCCCGCGUGGCGAUUACAGUCUAUUGCCGAGGAUUUCGUCAAUUCCAUAGACGUGAUCGAAUCGUGUGGCAUCCUCUCGAGCGAGGAGCUGCAAAUCACGAAGAUCACCGAUGCAGUCUCACUGUUGCACCAGAUAGCAACUGGAUCGCUGUCUAGCUUCGAGGUGACGACAGCUUUCUGUAAACGGGCUGCCAUUGCGCAUCAGUUGAUCAACUGCUGUACAGAGAUGUUUUUCGAACGUGCUUUGGAGCGAGCGAGGGAACUUGAUGGGUAUUUGGCGAGGACGGGGAAUGUCGUUGGGCCGUUGCAUGGAUUGCCGAUCUCGAUCAAGGAUGGCUUUGAUAUUGAGGGGAUAGAUACCACGGUUGGGUGGGCUGGGUUGAUCGGAAAACCGGCAAAGAAAUCCGGGAGCGUUGUUAGACUACUGCUUUCUUUGGGAGCAGUGCUCUAUGUUAAAACGAAUAUACCACAGUCACUUAUGAUGUCGGAUUCGUAUAACCAUGUAUUCGGUCAAUCCGUCAACGCCUUCAAUAAACACCUCAUCUCAGGGGGCAGCUCGGGGGGUGAGGGUGCUUUGGUUGGGGCUCAGGGCAGUAUCCUUGGUGUCGGGACCGAUAUAGGGGGUUCAAUUCGAAUUCCCGCUGCGUUACAAGGGCUGUACGGGUUGCUCCCGUGCGUCGGACGCAUUCCAUGGGAAAAAUCAUCGAUGACGCAAAUUUAUAUCGUACCGCCAGUAGCUGGCCCUAUCAGCUAUACCCUGGAAAACGUCGAAAUGUUCAUGAAAGCUGUAGUGUCUUCUCGCCCGUGGGAAACCGACCCAAGAGCAUUACCCAUCCAUGGCGAGAGGAACUCACCAAGCCGCCCGCCAGACCGUUAA